UCUUUGUUUUCCCAUGACUGUAGUUUGUCCGGUGGACGCUGUCAAGUCGAACGACCUCAACAGCAGAAAUGUGAAGUCAGUCGCCUCUUAACGCUUUUAAAACCGUUAGCUUCGUCGCUCAGGUCUGUGUCUUUAGACUGUGCUCUGAACAUCCUCAACACCACCAUGUGAACAUGAGGAAUAUGUGAGGCAUAUCUAUGUAAAUAUAAGGAUGCAUCUUUCAGGUCAACAAACACUGGACCUCCCAGUGUCAGCCUCCUUGAACAGAAACCAUGACUUUUAGAUGGAUUCCAGAUUCAUAUGUACAGUCCCUGAAUAGGGCUGUAUACUUGUGGCACACACAAGGCCAGAGGGCUGUGAACAUCUCUUUCUAUCCACUGUGUAAUCCGCCCUGCCGACUUCAUGUCAAAAGGCCCUUCAGCUACAGAGAAAGCUACCAUAUCUGGAAGCACAUCCACAUCCAGAAGAGCAAAAUUUGGAGGGUAUGUCCCAGCAGAGCCAGCUCUCUCAGGCAUAAAAUACUGCUGUACACCAGGAUUUCCAAUUUCAAUACCUCAACCUGCCUUGGGUCCACUGACCUGAGCCAUCGUAUGUCACGGCUGAAGAGCACUUUAGAGUCUGUCUCAAAAGCUGUGAGCGGGACACAAGCGGAGAUUUCCUCCAAGAUAGCGCGGCUUAAAUGCAGUGCCAGCCAGGAGGAGAGAAAGAGUGAGGCAAGUGCAGAGACAGCACCCCUAAAGGAUCAGAGAAAUGGAUCAGCUUUGGCAGCUACACCUACACUUGUACCUCAGCCUCCCUCAUCAGCUGCAACCUCACCUGCAAGCGCCACCUCGAAUCUUCAAGAAACACCCUCUGUCCCAUGUCAGUACGUCCAGGAAAAAAGGGAGCUGAAAAACAAGAGAUCUGUGGGUCAUACCUCAAAACUGAGUGGAACAGCCACUAUCACAGCUUCUCAGGCUAAAUCAGGAGAACCUGUAUCCCAAACUGAAAGCUCCACUGCAUCUAAGCAGGGUACUCCACUCUUCCACCCGGGUUCUUUCAGUGUCAACCUGGGUGAAACCUACAACUACGUGGCCCAUCAUAUCAAUACUUAUUUUAGCAGCUCCACUAAGACACAAGAAAAACAAAAAGAGGCCAAGGACUGCAUUGACCAGCCAUCCCCUUCCAUGCUUGACCAGUGCCAAAAGAACAGUGACACUGAACCCUCCCAUGUGAAUGGCCAGGCAGCAACGUCUGCACCUCUCCCAGACCCAGGUUCUCCUUCUUCUCCCAAAAAGAGCCUUGGACAUUACCUGGGGUACUCUGCACCUACAGUCCAGGCCUUUGUGGGGAGUUACAUUGCUCCCCUUGUUCCUAAAUUUAGGACAGAACCAAAAAGUGCACUGCCAGAAACAGAUAAGCUCCUUCCUCCUGAUGACCCUGCUUCAAAACAGAAGGAAGCAGCAGAGAUUAAAGAACAGAAAUCUGCAGAGGAAAAGGUCAGGAGAUUGCUGCUUCAAAGAGAGAAGAUCAUUGCGCGAGUGAGUGUGGAUAAUCGAACGCGAGCGCUGGUGCAGGCCCUUCACAGAGCAUCAGACGUGAGGGUUUAUAUCAGCAGAGUGGAGGAUCUGAGCUACCACUUGCUGGAGUUCCCUGAGACCAGGCUAGUAGCUGUCAAGGAGAAGGUGAUUCCAUGUCUUCUGCGCCUGCGGCAAGCCAGUGAUCCAUCUCUGAAGGCAGCGGUCAGAGAGGCCCUUACCUUGGUGGGCUACAUUGACCCUGUCAAGAACAGAGGAAUACGCAUAUUGUCCAUUGAUGGAGGGGGCACAAGGGGUCUGGUGGCCCUUCAGACUUUACAAAAGCUGGAAGAGCUUUCAGGAAAAUCUGUUUACCAGCUCUUUGAUUACAUUUGUGGGGUGAGCACGGGUGCUAUAUUAGGUUUCAUGCUGGGUGUGUUCCGUAUCCACGUAAGUGAAUGUGAGGAACUGUACAGAAAGUUGAGUUCUGAUGUGUUUAAGCAGAAUGUCAUAGUGGGUACAGUGAAAAUGGGCUGGAGUCACGCCUUCUACGACAGCGAGGUCUGGGAGAAACUUCUGAAAGAAAAAAUGGGCUCUGAUCUUAUGGUUGAAACAUCAAGAAACCCUGAUUGUCCCAAGGUGGCAGCAGUGAGUACAGUGGUAAAUAAGGGCACUCCACUGAAAGCAUACGUCUUUAGAAACUACAACUUGCCACCUGGUGUGCGUUCCCACUAUCGAGGUGGCUGCCAACACAAGAUGUGGGAGGCCAUCAGAGCUUCCUCAGCUGCUCCUGGGUACUUUCAGGAAUUUGCACUGGGCACUGACCUGCACCAGGAUGGUGGUUUGCUGGUAAACAAUCCAACAGCUCUGGCAAUCCACGAGUGCCAGUGUCUGUGGCCAGGCUCCCCUCUUCAGUGUGUGGUCUCUCUCGGUACAGGACGCUUUGAGGCUCCCAGCAAGAACGCCUCCACCUACACCAGCCUGAAGACCAAACUGACCAACGUCAUCAGCAGUGCUACAGACACAGAGGAGGUGCACACCAUGCUGGAUGCCCUGCUGCCUCCCCACACGUAUUUCCGCUUUAACCCAUACAUGAGUGAGGAUGUGGCUCUGGAUGAGAGCCGCAGUGAGAAACUGAACCAGCUGCAAGCAGAGGGGGUUCGUUAUCUGGAGCGCAACGAGGAGAAGCUGCAGCGAGCUGUCCGCACACUCAUGCGGGAGAAAAGCUCGACUCAGAGUCUGAUUGAGUGGGUCCGCCUCAAAGCACACAUGUAUGAUGGCCUUUCAGGCUUUUCAAAAGUGUAGGGAUGCGUGGCUGCUGUUUCCACAAUCAAGGCACAUGCCUCAGAGCUUACAUUUAUUGAUAAAGCAUGUUCUGAUAACACUUCCUCUAGGGUCGUACGUUGCUGUGCUAGAGGAUUAGAAUAGUGUCCUGCGCACAAACAUUGAAAUUCCCAAACUCUAAAAUUCGGAGAGGCACUGGAGUAAGAAUUACAGUUCUUUGUAGGACAGGCGAUGCAUUAUCAAUCCUCACACUUAUAACAGAAUCCCCCAGGUUACAUGUAAUACUUUAGUUUUGUUUGUUAGGUUAUGUAGACCAUAGGGCUCCUAAAUGGUUUAGAAAUAUUAUUUCUAAGGAAUUUAGAACAUCAACGUUUGGUCUAUUUUUGUAGCUUUUUAAAAAUAAAUUUCAUGAUAGGCAAAAGACUUUCUGCAAAACAGCUUUAGAAACAGGAGUAUUUAUGAUGAUAACUCAGUAACACUAAUGUAAGGACUGGCCAGUUUUUAAGGAUCUUUCAAUGAUUUUUAAACACAGAACUUCUAAUAUAUGGUAACAGCUUCAUCUGAAAGCUUCUACAGAAUAACCGGUAGCGGUUAAUUUCACUUCACACUGAAUUCAUCUGAAGUGAACUUCAACCUUUAAUUUGCGAACCUCAUAAACAUGACCCACUAGAAAACAAGCAGGCAGCCUGUUUUAUUUUCUGUCCAGAGAAGAAAAAAAAUGAAAUGGAGAAACUGCUCCUUGGUCAACAUAAUGUUGCUUAUCACACAAAAACAAAUUAGUUAACCAGCAAAUGUUAGCUGUUCACUGAAAUGUACAUUCUGUACAAAACCACAUCACAUCAGAACUGCCCAUGCUUGCCUAAGUUUUGCUCCACUCCAGCGAAGAAAAUAGUCAAGCAAUAGUUUGGUGUGACUGUGGUUUAAGAGUUACGUCCGGAUUGUAGGAAUAUACUAGUUCCACUUACUGGCCCUUCUUCAUCAGCAUAUGGACAAAACUGAUUGUAAAAUGAGCACAUGCAAAUUUCACAAACAGUCGUGCUAUUCAUCAUUUUCAUCUUUGCUGUAUCUGUACGAUCAGACACACAUUGAUAGGGGUGUGUGUAAAUUUGAGCGUUAAAGAAAUAAAUGCUUGAUCUGUGGUUAACUAACUAAAACUAUUAUCAAUAUCAGCUAUAAUACCAAUCAAAACAUACCAAAAAAAUAGAAAGUAACAAUAAUACUCUUAAUUUGUGCACAUAGAAAUCCAGUACUGCACUUAAAAAUAAAAAAUCUAAAACACAGCUAGUGCAGAAGCAUCUCAUACACUGCAAUAAUAUAGUGUACAAGUAUUUUAUUUUAGGAAAAUAAAUCACACUACACAAUCACACCAUUCCACCAUCUUACAACCAACUAUUUUGUUUAUUUCACCUUUUAUUCUUUUCAGUCAUUUUAACACUAUAGAGUUUGGUCAGGGGUGGGGGGUGGAGAGGGUUUGUGCACUCAUUGGCCUGUGAGCUGCUGAAUGCUGUUGUUUUAUUUGUUACUUACCAGAACAUCUGCAUGAAUUGUGCAUGCUUUAUGUAAAUGAUAUGUAAAUGAGCUAUUUGUAGGCUGGCACUUGAUUUCACGCACUGAAGCUGAUUCAUCAUUUGUUUCUAUGUUCUACGAAAGUUUCAUGAAUCAGACGCAGAGUAACUCAUCUGUCAUUAAAAGCAGACAAAUCUGCACUUUUUUUUUUUUAACCGAUGUUCGAUAAAUAAGGGCAAGAGUCUCUACUAAAUAAGGGCAAGUAUCUCUACAGUGUACACUUUAGAGCAGGGGUGCACAGCUCCAGUCUUGAAGUGCCAGUGUUCUGCACAGUUAGGUAGUUUCGCUUCUCAAAUACCCCCACUAAACCUGCCAAUUAACAGAGGAGUUGAAACAGGUGUGUUUGAAUCAGAGUUGUGCACCCCUGCUAUAGAGUUUACAAUGUAAGCCACACUUUUACGCUGUAUUACCCAGGUAGGGGACUGGUUUGUCCCCAUAACAUUGGUCACAGUGAAUGCCCAAAUAAUCUCAAAAAAUACUAGAAAGAGAAACUUGUGAAUUUUAGUUUGAUUGCUGUCAUCAUUUAAAGAAUAUGAAAGUGAUUAAGAAGUGUAUGUUUGAUGAGAGUUUUAAAAAAAAGCAUCACUGUUGCAUAAAAAGCUUGCAUGCUUUCAAGUAGAGAUGCAUAAAACAUAAUUUAAUAAGCUUGUAUUUGCACAAAAAAUAUAACUGAGUGUGCACCAGUUCUCCUUCAGAAGGGAUUUAAUAAAAGUAAUCUCAGAAGAAAAGCUUGCUUUUAUACUUGCAAGCGUUGUACCAUGUAUAUUCGCUUGUAUUUAAAAUACUACAGUUGACUUUAAGUUUAAUUGCACACAUUUUGCAGCUAAACAUGUAAUGAUCAUUCUUAUAAUUAUUAACAAUGACGCAAAAGACAAGAAGUCUCAGGUGAUGGAAGAGCUACCUGAAUGCGCUUUGUCAGGUACAUGUGUUUAUCUUCUUUGACAGUAAACGUCUAUUUAUUUUAUGUUUAUAUAUUUUCUGUUUUACUUUGUGUAUACUUCUACUUCUUUUAAGUUUUGAACAGGAAGCAUUUAUGACCGAAGCCGGGACAUCACUUUACAUGGCAAAAUCUGUUUCAGUGCAUUUUACACAACCAGAGCAACCUCACAUUUAUUAACAUUUACUGAGCUUGAGUAAUUUGUUUACUGUUCUGUGGUGAGUGACCUGGUCUACCAUCGGUCAUCUCUUAUCUGCCUCCAAUUUGUGCAGAUGUGAAAACAAUACAUAUUAGAUUGGGCACACAUGUAUGCGUACACUUAUUUAAAGUAUGUCAGAAUCAUGGCUUUAUUUGACUGCCUCACAGAGAGUGUCACCUCCUAUUCUUUCAUGUUAGAACUUUUGUUUGGCUGAAGCUUUUUUGUCUGCUCUCUUUUUGAGAUUGAACAUUUUUAAUACAAAGACAAACUGUUUCAAUGCAAUUAUGCAAAAUAGGAUGUUACUCAUAGCAGUAGAAGAACUUGAAGGGACACCCCGGGUUGAGAACUACGCACUUCUGUUUGAAAAUGCAACUUUAAUUCUACCUGCCAUGUUACAUUUAAAUGUUGCACCCUGGCUUCAUUAGGUGUUCAUAGAUUAUGUGUUUCGGAAGCUGGUUUGAAAGCUAAGAGGGCUGCAUUUGCCAUACUGUAGAAGGUUAAUAUAGAUCAUUUGGUAGUGUGCUAGGUCAGUUGGCCAUUGACUAGGUGUGAGGUGUGAUCACGGAAGGGAAGUAAAGCACUGAAAAUGUUAGACAAAGUAGAAGCCUGCAGUGUUGAUUUGAUAUAUAAUAGGACUGAAACAUGAACAUGAAGUAAAGCUUCAUCCUUCUGUAGUGGUCUCUAAUAGCUAAUUCUAGAUGCACAUAGAGCAUUAUUACAACAAAAGGAAUUUACAUGCAUAGCGGUAUUUCAGUUUUAGUUUAGAUGUUUUUGAGGGCACAAUUGUAAAGGCAUAUGUAAUUAAUGUUAUAUAUAAAUAUUUAAUACUGAAAAAAAAGCCUGUGGAUUGUAAAACAAUACCUUGUACGUUUUGUCUGGUGUCUUUUUAUGUCCUUUUAAAAGUGAUGCCAUUAUUCUUUUUUGUCAGUCACUGAUGCAGUUCUCACCUUUUGGUUUUCCUACUCCACUGUGUGCCAUAGUUCUCCUGCCUCUCUCUGUGCACUGGCGUGUGUUUGCUGUGUUCCUUAUUCACCCAUGUUCCAGUGCCUGAAAGAAGUUAUGACUGCUGCUCAUUUUCUUGGAAUGAUCUUCUGGUCUUAUUUAUAGAGCAUCUCACAACAGAAAUAUAAAUCUAAUGUCAGAUUGCUGAUGUCUGUAUCAGCUUAAGUAAAAAGUGAUACUAAGCUUGAUACCUGCCUGAAACUGUUCUAAUACCUUGGAGAUGCCUUAUGAAUAAGACUUGUUUGUGGGAAGAAAAAUUCAGGAAUGUCAAAACAGUACUGUUAUCGUGUGGCGUCUUCUAGUUAGAAGUGAAAAAACAUAACUGUAAAACAUUGAAGUUUGAUUUAGUUUUAUUUUCCAGAUUGUUUUUACCCUACAGCCUGCUGGUCAUGAGGAAAGAGUGAUAUGUAAUAAAAAUGUAUUUCAACCUA